CUUGGAUAUCUAGUUAACACGCGCAGCAGAGUCGGGACCAACAACAAUCAGGACAUUGGGAUCUAACAUUGACCGCCAAUGUGGGGAUAGGAUACUGGAACACUGUACUAGUGCCACCUGAUUUGAAGGAGAUCCAAACGAACUGAUUAGGAUACUGCUGUGCAGUUCCUAUGGAAGGAUGCUCGGCCAAUGCUGGUCAACAACUAAUGAUGGGUGAAGACAGUUUGUCGAUACCUAGUUGGCCAAAUGUUCGGCCCGGAACCUUCAGUUGUUCUAGAUGAAUAUAUGUACGUCGCGCCGCAACCGAGAGAUUUGCACAUUGGAGAGCCUGCGUCAUCAGGUAACCAAAAUGACAGACAUAGCGGCUCGGAACAAGGAGAAAUUCGACAAAGAUGCAUCUACUCACCUCUCGGACUGGGCCGAGCUCAUCCAAGCCAUAAUCAACGAGCUAGUGGCAAGGCGACAUUGGAUGUCCAGUAAAUGGGUAGACUCGGAGAGCUCUGCCGCCGGGUGCCGAGAUAUCAGGCUCCUGGACUACGCAUGCGGCAGCGGCACGGUUUCAAAGGCGCUUCUACCAUUUAUCACCCAGGCUGUCGGGCUUGAUAUAUCAACAGGCAUGGUUUCCGAGUAUAACAAGUGGGCUCAGAGCACAGGCUUGGACUCUGAUAAAGUUUGGGCGUACGAAUAUGAUAUGUUGGCUGGAGGAGAGUCCAAACCUCUCCCGCAACAAAAAUUAUCCGACUUUGAUAUCGUCGUUGUGAGCAUGGCGUUGCACCAUGUUUCUGACCCCACGAAGCUGAUGCAGCGGUUGGCCAAAUGCCUCCGGCCUGGCGGCACCUGUGUGAUCCUCGACCGAGUUCCUGACUCGACAUCCUCCAGGACUGACGUUACCCUUUCCACAAGUCAAGCCGAAAUGCUCAAAACCGUCAACCAGCACGGCUUCAGUGAAGGAGAAAUGCGACGACUCUAUCAGGAUGCGGGACUUGGCCAUAAGUUUGACUAUGUGGUGAUCCCGCACCCUUUCAAAGCCCAGGUCUUUGGCCAAGAGCUCUCUAUCACUGGAUUUAUAGCUCGAGGCGAGUUGGUGUAGAGGCCGGAGAAAGGAAUGUUUCAGCAUCUUCAAUCUAAACAAUAUAGUAUAAGAAGGGAAUGUCUUAAGGUAUGUAACCGCAGCGCGGAAACCAACCAUUGAUUCGUUUGUGCCUAUCGGCAUCUCCGACUUUCCGGUAUGCCCGGUCGUGUAGAUAAACGGACUACUAGUAGUUCAUAUUCACCUAAUUAGUUCC